AUGAAGAACAACAAUUCCCUUACACCUUUUCCCGAGGAGGUCUUGAGGAACAUACUUCAGUAUUGUCUGGAGGAGGGUAGGGAUGGGAGCUUUAUACCGCAACCGACACUGGCGAGUGCUCUAAGGGUGAACACGGUAUUCUACCUGUUAGCCAGUCCUGUACUCUAUCAUUCACCAACAGCAAUGGAUAUCAACUCAUUCUUCCUUGGAUCCGAUGCACUCAUCCCAGCAGUAGACAUGAGCUCAAAUCCUCAUCAAUCAAGUGAUGCAGCUACUCUUCAACAUCUGAGAAAAGGAUAUACUAAAUCAUCCUUACUCAAGCACGUCACUCGCUUCCGGUUCUUACCCCGAUCCGUACCAGUCGAAGGAGUAGAUCUCGAAGAACAAUCAUCUCUCGAAUACUUCAACAGGGUCAAACAGGAUCCCCGAUACUACCAGGGUAUAGGUCAAACGUAUGGAAAUGGAUUCGAGCUAAUUCAGAGAUUACGAAAUAUCAAGCGAGAAUAUGAAAAGGAGGGAAAGGGAUUCUUGAUUAUGCCCAGAUUGAAAGGAAUUUCAGUAGGAUCCGAUUUGACCGUGUAUAAUUCCGAAGAACGGAGAAUUGGUGAGAUUAGUGAUAAGCUGUAUAAUAAUUGGGGCACAGCAUUAGUUAACCUUCGAUUACAUCUUUGGGAGAUAUUUAAUCGGAAUGAGGAUGGAAUGGAAUGGUGUGAAUGGCAAAAUGGUGGAUUACCUUUGAUGGAACUUGAAAAUCCCGAAUACAUCGAUCAAACUCGAUUACUCCCCAGAGUAUUUACCAUCCAUACGGACUUGAUGGAUCAUAUACCACUGUUAUGGGGAUGUACCAACCGAAUCGUUAUUCGUAGGAAAGAUGACGAAGAUUAUUGGUCAAGGGAGAAAUAUCGUUCAUUAGGUAGAAGAAUACCCCCAGGAAGUAACUUAGAUGAUGAUACGCCUGAACCCGAAUCAUAUGGAGGUGAAGGGCUCUUACCUCAAGAUGAACAUAACAUGAUGGAAGAAUAUGAGAUCAUCUCCCUCAUCUUGAAUUCAAUUUACGAUUCGCAUCCUAAAAUUUUCAAAAAGAAGAUCAGAAAGGAUAUCUUGCAGAAAGAAAUUGAAAAUAAAACUGUAUUCGAGAUUUAUGGUUUUGAAGGUAUAUGUUUACCUCAAGAUUGCAGUUACGAUUAUCACUGGACUGCCAGAGGUUCGAACGAAUGGGAUCGUGAUCCCGAUGUGGAUAUGAAGUAUGUUGAUGAAGAAUUGCGAAAUGCAGGAUUUGCUAUCAGUAAUACUGAGGGCCCUUCAAGCAGGGAGACCCCAGCUGAUCUGACCAGCACACCACACCUAGAUUCGGAUGACGAGGUCGAUCCGAUGCAAGCUGUCUUAGUCAGCAAUCCAAGCGCGGAUUCUGAUGUUGACCACGAAUGUGAUAGGAUCCAAGCUGUACCCCUACCUGGACAUCCAGCGACAUCAAGGGAACAUGAUGCCAAGAUGAAAUUAUGGUUGCAAUCAUUCGAUUAUCAAAUGAUUAAAUUGCUUCAUGACUGCUUUGAGAGUAGUAGAAGUAACUGGAAAAACGGUGAAAACAGUGCUGGACCGAAAAUCAGAUAUUUACCUUUUAGAGAGUUACCAAAAUGCAAUGGUUGUGGGUUGAGUGGGAAGGGAUGGGAACUGUGUUAA